AGGUUGAAGUAAGCAGGCUUCUAGCUCACUUUCAAAUAGGCGCAGAGGUUGAGAUUUUGUCUACUGAUGACGAAAUAUGGUAUCCAGGAAAGGUUGUUGAUCUUAAACUGUGUAAAGGACUAGAGGAGCUGACAGUUGAGUACACGACACUCUUCACAGACCAACAUAGACUUCAGAAACUUCAGGAUACUAUCACGGCUGACAAAAUACGUCCUGCAACACCAACUAGUGACCAAAAAUCCUUUGAGAUGAUGGAUAAGGUAGAAGCCUUUUACAACAAUGGCUGGAGCAGCGGACAAAUUAGCAUGGUACUUGGUGAUAACACAUACUCGGUGUGUCUCUAUACUUCUAUGGAAACUAUUCUAUUCAAACAUUCAGAUUUGCGAAUUCAUAGAGAAUGGAAAGAUGGAGUCUGGAAGAUGGCAGAUAAGGUGAAGCCUGAUAAGAAAAGGAAAGCUGCUGCCUCAUCACAAAAUUCAGGAAUGGAUAAUGUUUUCCUAAGAAGGAGCGAGAGGGUGCCUAAACGAUCUAGAGACACAAAAACUCCAUUCAAGUCUGACAGAAAUCCGGCUUUAACUGUAAUACCUGAGAUUAUACCUGCAGUUGAUCCGUUUUCAACUCCUGCGGAACAUAAGCUUUCAAGGCUUCAAAAUUGGAUGACAUUAAAGCCCGGCAUGCAUGAAACGUCCCUAUCAAUCAAUGAUAAUAAGAUAAGGAAAUCUUUCUUUCAAAGCAUGGAAAAUGCAAAAAAGGACCUUAAGAAAGAGCACAUUGAUGGAGCCUUUGCAAUGCUAAAUUGCAGAAGAAAUGAGAAUGCUGCUUGGUUCCACAACUACAAGAUUCCAAAGGCGUGCUUCCUACCUAUGGAGUUCUUGCAUUCCUUGCUCUCUGAUGAUUUGGCUUACAAGAAAGAAAAGGUCAAAGGUAAAAAGAUAUUCAACGAUUUAUUUAAAGAUAUUGUGAGAGGGAAGGUAUAUCCAGAGAAGACAUGGGGAGAAGAUGUUGAAGUUGUGUAUGGGAUUACUCUUGGAAAAAAAAGCAAUGUCUGGAUUGGGAUGAAAAUUCAUUUGAAGAAGAAAAGAAUCACAGUAUAUGAUUGUUUUCAAAAGGAAAGCAACAGCAUUGAUAUUCCUCAAGUGAAAAAGUUGGCAGUGUUGAUUUCUGAUCUGCUGGUGGAAUCUUCUGGUGAUGAGGUAGAUAAAGUGAAGAUGAUUCCAUUUGAGAUUGAGCAGGCACAAGGUUUACCCAAGACAAAACAUCCUUUCAACUGUGGGAUAUUUCUUGUCAAGAUUCUGGAGUGCCAGUCAUUGAAGAUAGGAGACAUGACAAAGAUUAAUGAUGACAAUGCAUUGGAGCUAAGGAGAACCUUGUCUUGUGAGAUCUUCAACCAAUUUGUGGAUGAGAGCUUUGGGAAAUGAGAAUGAUGCAUGAAAACAUUUUUUGUUUUAGUUAAGACUCGGUUUUAGUUAUGACUGUUUAUUUUGUUAUGUUGUUGGCGUCUGGUUACAUAAGAAAGAUUGGAAGGAUAUCAAGUAUUUUUUUUUGGGUAUCAUAUAUCUUGGAAGGUUAAAAUAAUGUUUCUGGAUGGGUUUCCAGAAAAAAAGUUAAGUGUUUCAAAUGUAAAAAAGAAUGAAAUGAGAUUAUAUACUAAGGAUUGGACAUGUAUAUGGUAAGCUUAAAAUUGUGAUGUUUACAGACAACAAAAAUUUAGAACCACAAAGGAUCGAACCCAGAGGGAGAGAGUUUGCGUAUUUGGAUAGUGUGGGAGUUUAGCCACUAGGCCAAGAAGAAUCAUCUGUUAAUGGAUUACAUUUAAUUUUAUUUAACUCCAAACUGUAACACAAAAAAAAAUUAAAAUUGAUUUUGAAUCCACCACAUAUCGAACCCGGGGAUAGAGAGACUUUUGAGUUAUGAAAUGCCUUGGUUUAACCGCUGGUCUGAGGAGAAUCAUCUGUUAAAGAAUAUUACAUAAGCAUACUUAAACCAAUUAAUAUAGGAUAGGUUUCCAAAACAAUACAUUUCGAUUGAAAAAAGACAAAACUCUUGCCGUCUCAACACUCUCGCCGUUUCAAACUUCUCGAAUCUCACUCGUCUCCGCCUCUCGAAUCUCUCUCUCAUCUCCAUAUCUCUCGAUCUCCGACGAAAACCCAUCUCCAGAACUCUCUCUCUCUCGAUCUUUUACGCGAGCUCUCUCUAUUCUCCGAGAAAAACCAUUUCUAGAGCUCUAUCUCUUUAAGGUAUGUUGCAGAUUCAACCUUAUGUGUGUUUUCUUUCUGAGAGAUUGGUCUCCUGGUUUUUGCUUGUGUAUAGACUUGCUCGUUUUAACCUAAUAUGAUUGGUAGAAUUCUAGUUCAUGUGAAAGCAUGUGUAUAGACUUCAGGAAGGAUUUGUAUUGUUUCAGGAAACCCUUCCUGAAAAUUGGAUUUUAAUUAAUUUAGACAAAUAAAAUUUUUCUUGUUUACGCAGGAUAGAAACAAGAUGGGAGAUCCAUUACCAUUAAGACUAGCACUGCCUGAGCUGAGGUAUCCGAUUGGAUCAGAGCCAGAGAAGACGAUAUCGAUAAACCAACACUCGAUAGUUGCUUAUAUCAAAACUGUUAAGGAAAUUCUAGGAAAUGAUGAGUUCAACAGAAUAAGAGGGACGUUUUUGGGACCGGUGAUCAAGCUUGGAGAGAGGUCUUUGAAAUUAUCAGCUAAGAUAGUGCACGCAGUUCUCACCAAAAGCAUCAAGACAGUGAAGAGACACGAAGCAUGGUUCCAUUUUGGUGCUCAGCCAAUGAGGUUCUCUAUAAGAGAAUUCCACAUGGUGACUGGUUUGAAAUGUAGUGGUGAAGCAAGAGAACCACGAGAGGAAACCGAGAAAUUUAAGUGGGACUUCCUAAAAGGGCGUACUCAUACAGUAAAGGACGUGGAGAAGCAGCUCAGAAACACAAGAGAAGAUGCUUCUGAUGAGAGAUUCUGCCUUGCAAUGCUCCUCCUGAUUGAGAGCAUACUACUACAGAAGAGCCUUCUCGACGGUGGCACAACUUUUACUUUGGAUUAUGUGAAAAUAGCGCAGGAUAUGGAUGUCUUGAUGACAUACCCAUGGGGGAGAACAGCUUAUAAUUUGCUGUUAAAAUCACUUCAGAGAGCUGUCGACAAAAGCCUCGACAAAAACAAUUAUGAUUUGCAAGGAUUCCCUAUGGCAUUUCUUAUAUGGAUACUUGAGUCAGUACCUUUGCUACAGUAUGCAUUCAGUCAAGUUGUUCCUAUUCUGAGCGUUCAACCGUCUACCCCAAUAUUUUUGUGUGAGAAGUACCUUCAAAUAGCUUCUCCACAGCUGAUAGAUGUUCUCCUAAUUGAAAUCAAAGAUCAUGUAAGUUUUUACAUUAUUUUUUUCUUGUUUCUGUUUUGCCUUAUGAUUCUCCAUUUAAAAGCUAAUUAUUUUUAUGGUUUCAGCUUAAGGUCACAUGCAUCCUACCUCCUAUUUCUAAUGAUCCAGAAGCUGAUGUUUGCAUGGAAGACGAAGCUAAUAAAGAUCUGGAUGACAUGGCCGAUUUAUCCAAGAGAGGUUAUAAGUUUAAAAUUAGAGAUUGGCGAAACAUGUCAGUAGACCUAUACGGUGCUAAUGAACAAAUAAGAAGAGCA